AUGGAUCGUAGUUGGAUGAGAGCUAAUCGAUUAAGUGAUGAGUACGAACACGGAGUGAUGGAAUUUCUAGAGUUUGCUGAAAGUAAUGCUAAAAAAGAUCUCCAUCCUCCUAAAAGUAAUGCUGAAGAUAGCCACCCUACGCUUUUUCUCUGUCCAUGUCACGGUGAAGUGGUAGCAAAUUCAAAUGUGUCCCAAAAAGAUAAUGUUAGUGUAGAAAUGGAUGAUCGUCUGAAAGACAUGAUGUGUGAGAUUGAACAAGAUUCAUUUAAGAGGGCACGUGCGUAUGAUAGCUUAUGCAAUGACAAGGAUACACCUUUGUACCCGGGAUGCACAAAUUUUACACGUUUGUCAGCCGUGUUAAAAUUAUUUAAUCGGAAGGCAAUUAACGGGUGGACUGACAAAAGUUUUGCCGAAUUACUUCAACUGUUGACACAAAUGCUUCCAGAAGGUAACAUACUGCCAAGUCGUUAUUACGAGGCUAAGAAAAUAUUGUGUCCGAUGGGUUUGGAGUAUGAAAAGAUACAUGCAUGUCCUAAUGAUUGCAUAUUAUACAGAAAAGAGUUUAAGAGAUUAUUCGCUAAUGCAAACGAUGCAAAGAAUCUUAGAUGGCAUGCAGAAGAAAGAAAAUGUGAUGGACAAAUCCGCCAUGCAGCUGAUUCUUUGCAAUGGAAGAAAAUUGAUUAUUUGUUUCCAAAUUUUGGCAAACAGUCGAGAAACCUUAGACUUGGACUUGCUACUGAUGGAAUGAAUCCGUUUGGUAAUCUAAAUACUAACCAUUCUUCUUGGCCUGUUCUUCUAAUGAUUUACAACCUAUCUCCUAGGUUGUCCAUGAAGCGUAAAUAUAUUAUGUUAUCCAUGAUGAUUUCGGGCCCAAAACAACCAGAAAAUGACAUAGAUGUUUAUCUAAGUCCACUGAUCGAUGAUUUAAAAGUGUUGUGGGAGGAAGGGGUGGAUGUUUUCGAUGCGCAUUCUGGUGAACAGUUCAAUAUGUGUGCCAUGUUGUUUUGCACCAUCAACGAUUUUCCAGCAUAUGGCAAUUUGUCUGGGUAUAAAGUUAAAGGGCAUAAAGCGUGUCCUAUAUGUGAAAAAGACACAUGUUACCAUCAGCUUGAAAAAGGAAAGAAGACUGUUUAUCUCGGGCAUCGAAAAUUUCUAAAUCGUUAUCAUCCAUAUCGUAGAUUGCGGACCACUUUCAAUGGGGAACAAGAGCAUGGUGUUGCUCCAAAGCCCUUAACUGGAGAGGAAGUUUAUCAACGACAACAGGACAUUACUGCUGUCUUUGGAAAGUACCAAAAGCGGCCCAUUGUGAAAAAUAUAUGGCAAAGAGGUAACAAGACGUAUCUGCCUCCUGCCUGCUACACUUUAUCGAAAAAAGAGAAAAUAAGUUUUUGUGAGUGUUUAGAAAGUAUCAAAGUGUCGCAUGGUUACUCAUCAAAUGUCAAGAGGCUUGUAUCGGUUAAAGAUCUCAAAUUAGUUGGCUUAAAAUCUCAUGACUGUCAUGUCUUAAUGCAACAACUACUACCAGUGGCUAUUCGUGGGAUAUUGCCUAAAAAUGUUAGGAAGACUAUAACUAGGUUGUGCCUGUUUUUCAAUGCAAUUUGUUUCAAAUCUAUUGAUCCAUUAAAGUUAGAAGAUUUGGAAAAUGAGGCUGCAGUUACCUUGUGCCAAUUAGAGAUGUUUUUUCCUCCUUCAUUUUUUGACAUUAUGGUUCACUUGAUUGUUCAUCUAGUAAGGGAGAUUAGAUUAUAUGGUCCAAUUUUUUUACGGUGGAUGUAUCCAAUAGAGCGAUACAUGAAGAUCCUAAAAGGGUAUACCAAGAAACCACGCCGUCCGGAAGCAUCGAUUAUUGAGAGGUACAUUGCAGAAGAAGCAAUUGAGUUUUGUUCUAAUUAUUUGUCGGAAGUGAAUGCUGUAGGGGUUCCCAAGUCUCGUCAUGAUGGAAGAUGUGAGGGUGUGGGUACACAAGGUUUAAAGAUCAAGAGCUUAAGUAUUGAUGUGGUUGUUCAAGCGCAUCUGUAUAUAUUGAAUAACACGGAUGAAGUUCAACCUUACUUAUCUGCUCACAAAAGCAUCAUAAAGAAAAAGUACCCCAAGAUGAGUGAAAGAGGGUUGUUAAAAUAG